AUGAGCUUGCUAUGCUCACUUGUUGCCGUCCUGUUGAUCGUCCUUGUGAACGCCGGCGAUGAGGCCGCAUUGCUUGCUUUCAAAGCGCACCUCAGCCAUGGCGGCUCGCUGCCCUCCUGGAACAGCAGCACCGGCUUCUGCAGCUGGAAAGGCGUGACAUGCAACCACCGGAGGCCUGCGCGGGUGGUGGAACUAAGAUUGAGCGGCGCCGGGCUCACCGGAGCGCUCUCCCCGGCAAUCGGGAACCUCACGUUCCUGCGGAUGCUCGACCUGGGUGUCAACUCGCUAUACGGGGACAUUCCAGCAAGCCUCGGCCGCCUCCGUCGCCUGCGGUGGCUCUACUUGAGCAAAAACUCCUUCUCCGGCACAUUGCCAGCAAACCUAAGCUCCUGCAUCAGCAUGACUGAAAUGAGACUGGGCAACAACACGCUUGGCGGGCACAUCCCGGCUGAGCUUGGCGAGAAGCUCACGUACCUCACAGUGCUCACGCUGAGAAACAACGGCUUCACAGGCUCCAUCCCGGCAUCACUGGCCAAUCUUUCCCAUCUACAGGUCCUCGAACUCACUUAUAACCAUUUCACUGGUUCAAUCCCGCAUGGGCUCGGAACCAUCCAGAGCAUGCGAUAUUUCACUCUCUUCGGAAACAAUCUUGUGAGCUCAAUCCCACCAGGGCUCGGAAGUUCCCAGAGCAUGCUAUAUUUCAAUCUCGCCGAAAACAACCUCCACGGUAUGCUCCCACCUUCUCUUUACAACUGGUCAUCAUUGGAAGUAUUUGAUGUCGGGUCGAAUAUGUUGUCCGGAAGCAUUCCGGAUGAUAUCGGAAGCAAGCUCCCCAAGUUGGAAAGGCUUGGCUUGGGUUUCAAUCACUUCACAGGAACCAUCCCUUCCUCAAUAUCCAACAUAUCUUCCCUCAUAUCACUUGACCUCACACAGAACAAAUUUAGUGGGUAUAUGCCUCCCACAUUGGGGAGGCUCGGAGCUCUCCAAUAUUUGGAGUUGCGUAACAAUGAAAUCGAAGCGAAUGACAACAAGGGGUGGGAAUUUAUAACAUCCUUGGCAAAUUGCAGCCAACUGCAGCAAUUGGCACUAUAUAAAAAUUCCUUUGGAGGACAACUACCGGGUUCAAUUGUGAACCUCUCAACGACUCUCCAGCGGUUAAACUUACAUGACAAUAGGGUCAUUGGGAGUAUACCUGCGGACAUCGGCAACUUGGUUGGUUUGGAAUUACUUGUGAUAGCAAAUACUCCGAUAUCCGGAGUGAUUCCUGAGAGCAUCGGUAAGCUAGUAAAAUUGAUCGAGCUAGCCUUGCAUAAUAAUAGCUUGUCUGGCCUCAUACCAUCAUCGCUAGGGAACCUUUCGCAGUUGAGUAUCCUUUCUGCAUUCCAUGGCAACUUGGAGGGGCCAAUUCCGGCAAGCCUCGGGGAGUUGAAAAAACUUGUUGUACUCGAUCUGUCAAUGAACUACAAACUUAAUGGUUCAAUACCUAGAGAGAUUUUUAAAUUGCCUAGCCUUUCUAGGUACUUGGACUUGUCAUAUAAUUCCCUUUCGGGACCCCUUCCUAAUGAAGUUGGUAGUUUGUCAAAUCUUAACCGACUUGCUCUAUCAGGAAACCGGUUGUCUGGCAAGAUACCUGACAGCAUUCAAAAUUGCAUAGUAUUGGAAUCUCUAAGAUUAUACAACAAUUCAUUUGAGGGAAGCAUACCUCAGUCAGUGACAAAUAUAAAGGGGCUCCGUAUACUGGUCCUAACCAUGAAUAAGUUCUCUGGUAAUAUUCCUGAGGCCCUUGGUAGCAUUAAAAACCUAGAGGGGAUUGUACCUAGCACACAAUGA